AUGGCGACUGGAGCGAUUGAGUACAAAAGCGGUACUCUUCAAGUCAGUAACUACACCAAUCUUUUGGAGACAAAAACGAAUAGUGGCAUUACAUGUAUCUGGAGCGGAAAAUUCAUGCGCGUCAACUCAUAUCAAAUCGAUUUCAAAUGGAAAUUCGAUUGGAAUGAACUCAAAAGUCAAGGAGUCGAUGAAAUCACUGGACACAUUACAGUUUCGUCUAGAGACAAUUACUUCCGCCGAACGAAAAUUGAUGUAAAAAUUACGGAAGAUAAUCAAGAAAUCACAAAAGAAGUCUGGGGCAUUUAUUAUUCUUAUACUGUUUACUACGAGUAUACUCUCAUUCCCCAUUACGCUCCAGGUUUUGAGAAGCCAGAUUACGACAAGAUGUUUGCACCAUCCGAUCAGAAUGAUACUAUUCUGGUUGUCGACAAAAAGAAGCUUCAUGUCAACAAAUCUUUUCUCUCGUACCACUCCGAGUACUUCCGCAAACUCUUCUCAUCGAACGACAAACAGGGCGAUGCCAAGCCGCCAAAGCGCCAGCGUAAGCAAAUCUCUGACAACAAAGAAGGACAAAUCCAAGAGUUUCCGAUCAAAGAUGUCUCAUUCAAAGAUUUCGCUCUUCUCCUCAGCACUUUCUACCCAAAUCCAGUGUUCCCAACUGACGAAACUGUCGAGAAACUUCUCAAGUUGGCUCGCCGCUUUGUGGUUUCUUCAGUUAUUAACAUCAUCGAGUAUCAUCUUCUAAACAAUUCGAAAAUCAAUAAUGAAAAGAUGUUGUGGAUGGCUGAUGAGUAUGUGAUGCCAAAACUUCUCGAAAAGUGUAUUCGUGGACUGAAUACCGUAGAGAAAGCGAAGAAAUUGGAUCAAUCUCCGGAAUAUAAGAAGUUGUCGGAUAGUGCCAAAGCGAAAGCUCUCGACCGCCUAAUCAAACUGUUUUAA